AUGGAUCUGGAAGAGGAUGUUUCUGCCAUCGAGGAGGUGAGUCGAGCGAACUGGACCGGCGACAGGUCUUCCCUCCUUCGGGCGGCACGCGGGGCAAGAAGUUUCGUGCGCGAGGCGGCGACCUUCCACGUGGCCAACACCAGGUUUUGGGAAGCAGUGCUGCUUCCUUGUGCAGUCGUCGUGGUGGUGGCGCUCUCCUCCUGCAUGGAGCUCUGGCUGGGACAGUGCGUCUCGCUUGCAUGCUGGUAUUCCGCCAAUUACUACACCAUGGGCUAUACGCUGCAGGUUCUUCACCCUCAAGUCUCCUCCUCCACGCUGCUGCGUUUGUCGCCCUUUGGCGGGGCUGUGCAGCUUUUCCUUUGGAGCGUCUUGCCGGCGCUGGCCGAGGUGCUCCUGCUCAAUGUCAUGAACGUGCCCUCCGUUGCGCACGUCGCAGGGACCACCCUGUACGCUGUUUGCGGUUGUUUGUGGCUUCACGUGUUCAUUGCGCCGUGGCAAUGCAUUCCUGAAGGCUGGAGACCCCACCAGGUGUUCCGGUGGUUGUCCGAGGAUCGACCUUUGGAAGCGAAGCGCUCCAUGUCGCCAGACGUCCCGCCGGAGGCCACGGAUGGAAGUCCGCGCCGGAGGACUUCAGACCGCCACGCGCGGCUGGUCGAGCGCGCGGAAGGUAGUAUCGCCGGGCAUGCAGCCUUGGCGAUCGCGGGGUACGCUCUUGUUACGACCUGGAUGUCCUCCAACGCAGGCGGCUUAGCGGAGCGGGCCUGGGUGGGGGCUUAUUUCUGGUUGCACAAGGUUCUGACCGACUCGGAGGUCACUCCUUUGGACCUUGCUCGGCAAACUGAUGCCGAGAAGGAGCGCGAAAGGUGCGGACCCUUCUUCGAGUUCUUCGAGAAGCGGUGCAAGGCCUCCGACAGCCAGGCUACCUUCAAGUGCAUGGGAGGCGUGAGAUCAGAAGGGCCCCAGGGACAAGUGGAAGACAGCUUCAAAUGGUGCGAGGACCAGGAUCCCUUCUUGUUCAAAUGGGGUGAGCCCGUCUGUUACGUCCACUCGUCUCCCGACUCUUCCUUGUGGGCCAUGGUCUGGUGUCCUCGCUGUUUAGGCAGUUUUUGCCUCGAGCCGAUCACGUUCUAUCUCAUCAUCGCAGCCGUGUUCCUGCUCUGCAAUUGCGCCUGCUGUGCAUUGAUUUGCCGAUGUGUCUACAAGAAAGCGGAUGAACAUGACAUUCCGCGACGCGUCCGUGCCUCGAUCGUCGGAGCGGUGGGACGUCCGAGCACGCGACCGUCUCAGAUGGGCGUGGAGCUGAACGACCUGCAGAGAAAUGCCUGA